AUGAGUUUCCCUGAGAAACCUGGCGACGUGCGAGGAUAUGUUAAUGUUAGUGUUGGAAUAUACGGCCCGGGGGACGAUGUUCCGAGUGGUUUCCGACUCAUCUCGGAUGAGGACGAGGCUGUGAGCUCCAUCACUGAGAGGGUCUUACAGACCCCCGAUUCGAAGUUCAACUUAGUCAUGCUCAACUUCAACGUUUACAAGGCUGAGAAUCUUCCUAAGAAAGGUGGUGGUGGUGUAUUCGGGAGAACGGCAACAUGCAGUCCUUACGUAAUAGUGUCAUUUGCGGGUGUGAAACUGCAGACUAAAGUGAUUGUGGACAAUAGUAGACCUGUUUGGAAUGAAUGCCUUCGAGUGCCGGUCAUGUGCCCUACUUGGGAUCAAAAUGUUCUGAUAGAAAUAAUGUCCCAGGGUGACAGGAACGAGAUGAUAGCCGCUGCUGAUUUCGACUUUCAAGCGAUCUACGAUAAGGGAAUGCAAACCAGAUGGGUCAAUCUAUAUUAUUCGUUCGAAGGAGAGGAGCCUCCACCACAGGUUAAUGAUGAGCCGCUUGAGUCGGAGUGA